UGAUCAUUUAAUGGGAGAAGAAUCUCCUUUGGAGCAGUUGAAGUGACGCUGCCGUGUUUUGUGUCCGCAGUGACACCUGCUGGUGGAAUCCCUCAAUCUCUGGAGGAACAAAACUCCAACUGACCAGACACCAUGGCUCAUUACGACUCGGUGGAUGAGAAGGACUCUGUGGAUAUUCAUGACAACCCCCCGCUCCCUGAUAACGUGGUGAAAGAGGAGGACAACACGCUCUACUUCAUCUACGAGGAGGAGGUGGAAGAGGAAGUGAAAGAUGAACCUUCUCCACCGGAACCAGUCAAACCAGUGAACGACAGACCUCACAAGUUCAAAGACCACUACUGCAAAAAACCCAAGUUUUGUGACGUCUGCGCGAGAAUGAUCGUUUUGAACAAUAAGUUUGCAUUGCGAUGCAAAAACUGCAAAACCAGCAUCCACCACCAGUGCCAGUCCUAUGUGGAGCACCAGAGGUGUUUUGGCAAAAUUCCUCCAGGAUUCAGGAGAGCGUACAGUUCUCCUCUGUACAGCAGCCAGCAGAACGCCACAGUCUCCCAGCUGCUGCCCUUCUCGCAGUCGAACCGCACCGACCCCGUGUUUGAGACGCUGCGGAUCGGAGUGAUCAUGGCCAACAAGGAGCGGAAGAAAGGCUCCGAGGACAAGAAGGACAGGAUGAUGAUGAUGAUGGAGGAAGAUGAGUCCCAGCCCAAGCAGGAGGAGGAGGGAGGGGAAGGAGCAAACAUGGAAGGAGACAAAAGAGGCGACAAAGCUCCUGCAGAUGAAAAGGGUAAAAAACCUCAGCCGGGGAAGAUCGGUGUGUUCAGUCAGUCUCACUAUUACCUGGCUCUGUAUCGCUUCAAGGCCGUGGAGAAGGACGACCUGGAUGUGCACGCUGGGGACCGCAUCACUGUGAUAGAUGACUCCAACGAGGAGUGGUGGAGGGGGAAGAUCGGAGUGAGAACCGGCUUCAUCCCGGCCAACUACAUCAUCCGGGUGCGAGCAGGAGAGACGGUCUACGAGGUGACACGCUCCUUCGUCGGCAACAGAGAGAUGGGUCAGAUCACUCUGAAGAAAGACCAGAUUGUGGUAAAGAAGGGCGAGGAGGUGAACGGCUACCUGAAGGUCAGCACGGGACGAAAGCUCGGCUUCUUCCCCGCUAACCUGCUGCAGGAGAUCUGA